GAUGUGUUGGCGCCACCUGGUGUGAGUGUUUUUCUCUUCUUGUGCCUGACGGUUGGCUUGACUGUGGGCGUGUCUGUGGUCUCCGCAGGUAAAGCCUUCGACAUCACCUACGUGCGUCUGAAGUUCCACACCAGUCGACCCGAGAGCUUCGCCAUCUACAAGCGCAGCAGCGAGGACGGGCCCUGGGUUCCGUAUCAGUACUACAGCGGUUCCUGUGAGAAGACGUACCAGAAGGUGAACCGGGCCUUCAUCCGCACCGGCGGAGACGAGCAACAGGCGCUGUGCACCGACGACUUCAGCGACAUCUCGCCGCUCACGGGUGGAAACGUGGCCUUCAGCACCUUGGAGGGACGACCCAGCGCCUACAACUUUGAUCACAGCCCGGUCCUGCAGGACUGGGUGACGGCCACUGACAUCAAAGUGACUCUGAAUCGACUCAACACUUUUGGAGACGAGGUUUUCAACGACCCUAAAGUCCUCAAGUCCUACUACUACGCCAUCUCUGACUUUGCUGUUGGUGGAAGGUGCAAGUGUAACGGCCAUGCCAGUGAGUGUGUGAAGACCCCUGCUGGACAACUGGUGUGUAACUGUAAACACAACACAGAGGGCGCCGACUGCAGCGUCUGUAAACCAUUUUAUAACGACCGACCCUGGAGGAGGGCAACGGCUGACAACGCCAACGAGUGUUUGGCCUGCCAGUGUAACGGGAAGAGCUCGGAGUGUUACUUUGACCCGGAGCUGUACCGGGCCACAGGUCACGGAGGUCACUGCAGCGGUUGCCACGACAACUUUGACGGCCCUCAGUGUGAGCGCUGCAGAGAGCAUCACUACAGAGAGGAGAGCGCCACCCGCUGUCUGCCCUGUGGCUGCAGCAGCACAGGUUCUCUCUCUCCUCAGUGUGAUCCCAGAGGAAUGUGUGUUUGUAAACCAGGAGUAACAGGAGAAAAGUGUGACCGCUGCCAACCAGGAUACCACAGUCUGACGGAGGCCGGCUGCAGGCCCUGCUCUUGCUCGCCCUCUGGCAGCACUCAGGAGUGUGACGUCCACACAGGACAGUGUCGUUGCAAAGACAACGUGGAAGGAUUCAGCUGUGACAGGUGUAAACUGGGCUUCUUCAACCUGGACUCCAGUAACCCUCAGGGCUGCACCGCCUGCUUCUGUUUCCAGCACUCCUCCGUCUGUGAGCGGGCGGAGGGCUUCAGCCUCCACACCAUCACCUCCUCCUUCAACACAGGUGACGAAGCGUGGACUGGUCAACAGCGGGAUGGAUCCAGCGUCCCGGUCCAGUGGACCUCCGCUGAGCAGCAGAUCUCCCUCAUCUCUGACAACUACCUCCCCCUGUACUUCGUAGCUCCAGAAAAGUUUCUGGGAAACCAGAUCCUGAGUUACGCUCAGAACCUCACCAUGAGGUUCCGGGUGGACCGGCGUGACACCCGUCUGUCAGCGGAGGACCUGGUUCUGGAGGGAGCGGGCCUGAGGGUGGCCGUGCCCCUCAUCGCCCAGGGCAACGCCUACCCCAACGAGAACAUGCAGACCUAUGUGUUCAGGCUCCACGACAGCACCGAUUACCCCUGGAGACCCACCGUCAGCCACUCGGACUUUCAGAAACUUCUCCACAACCUGACAGCCAUCAAGGUUCGAGGGACCUACAGCGAGAAAAGUGCUGGUUACCUGGACGAUGUGUCAAUGGUGACGGCGAGACGUGGCCAUGGCGACCCCGCCCACUGGGUGGAGCGGUGCACCUGUCCCCAGGGAUACCAGGGUCAACACUGUGAGCAGUGCACUCUGGGAUAUCGGCGCAGCCACCCUGAGCUGGGAGCCUUCAGUUCCUGUGAACCCUGCAACUGUAACGGACACAGUGAGAGCUGCGGUCCAGAGUCAGGGGCGUGCGACUGUCAGCAUGACACGGCAGGUUUGAGCUGCGAACGCUGUAAAGAGGGUUUCUACGGCGACGCCACCCAGGGGACACCGGAGGACUGUCACCCCUGUCCCUGCCCCGUCGGUGCCACCUGUGCCCUGGUCCCUAAGACCCGGGAGGUGGUCUGCACCAACUGCCCCGCAGGAACCACAGGUAAACGCUGCGAGCUGUGUGACGACGGCUUCUUUGGCGACCCGCUGGGUCAGAGCGGUCCGGUCAGGACCUGUCGGGUCUGUAAGUGCAGCGACAACAUCGACCCCAACGCCGUGGGAAACUGCAACCGUGAGACGGGCGAGUGUCUGAAGUGCAUCUACAACACGGACGGAUUCUUCUGUGACCGCUGCAGGGAGGGUUUCUAUGGCAACGCUUUGUCCACAGACCCCACCCACAAGUGCAAAGCCUGUUCCUGUUCAGUCUUUGGUACUGUUGCUGGUGCCUCCGGCUGUUCUCAGGUCACAGGUCAGUGUCAGUGUCUUCCUAACGUGGCCCAGCGAGACUGCAGCGUCUGUGAACCAGGAUUCUUCAACAUUCAGAGCAGCAAAGGCUGCGAACGGUGUAACUGUAAUCCAAUUGGCUCCACUGAUGGUCAGUGUGACAUCAUCACGGGUCAGUGUGAGUGUCAACCCGGGGUCAGCGGCCUACACUGUGACCGCUGCGAGGUCAACUUCUUCGGCUUCAGUUCGUCCGGCUGCAAACCCUGCGACUGUGACCCGGAGGGUGCCGCGUCGGGUCAGUGCAGGGAGGACGGACGCUGCGAGUGUCGGCCCGGCUUCGUGGGCUCUCGCUGUGACAUGUGUGAGGAGAACUACUUCUACAACCGCACAGUCCCAGGAUGUCAGCAGUGUCCUUCCUGUUACAGUCUGGUCAGAGACAAGGUGAACCAGCAGAGGCAGAAACUUCAUGAUCUUCAGACGCUCAUCGAUAACCUGGGCUCCGGUCAGGAGACCGUCACUGACGCCGCCUUCGAGGAUCGACUGAAGGAGGCGGAGCGAGCCAUCCUGGAGCUGCUGGAGGAGGCGGAGACGAGCAGAGAUGUGGACCGGGGGCUGCUGGAGCGCCUGAACGCCAUCAACGGUACCCUGACAACGCAGUGGAACCGACUGCAGAACAUCCGCAGCACGGUGGAGGAGAGCAGCGUUCAGGCCGACCGGGCUCGGAACCGAGUCAGAGACGCCGAGGACCUGAUUGACCGAGCACGACGGGAGCUGGACAAGGCCAAGGACGCUGUCGGCAAAGUGGACAUUAAACCACCAGGAGGCAGCAGUGAACCCAACAACAUGACCCUGUUAGCAGAAGAAGCUCGGAGACUGGCUGAGAAACACAGACUGGACGCCGACCAGAUCGAGAGAAUCUCCAGAGACGCCAACGACACGUCCACCAGAGCCUACAACCUUCUACUGAAGACGCUGGACGCUGAGAGUCGGACCAAUCAGGAGGUGGACGAGCUGAACAAGAGGUACAAUGAGGCGAAGGAACUUGCCAAGAACCUGGAGAAACAGGCCGUCAAAGUCCAGGCCGAGGCCGAGGAGGCCGGGAACAGAGCCAUGAAGAUCUACGCUAACCUGACCGGUCUGCCGUCAUUCGACACCGCGGCUCUGGAGGAGGAGGCGGGGAAGAUCAAGAAGGAGGCGUCCGAUCUGGACAAGUUGAUCGACAAGACGGAGAGAGAGUACGACGACCUGCGCGACGACCUGAAGGCCAAAGAACAGGAAGUUCGUAAACUGCUGGAGAAAGGGAAAAGUGAGCAGCAGACGGCAGAUCAGCUGUUAGCUCGAGCAGACGCCGCUAAAGCUUUAGCCGAACAGGCUGCCAAGAAAGGACAGUCCACCUUUAGAGAGGCCGAGGACAUUCUGGACGACCUGAGGGAUUUUGAUCAGAGAGUUAACGACAAUAAAACAGCGGCUGAAGAAGCCAUGAAGAAGAUUCCCGCCAUCAACGCCACCAUUAUGGCCGCAAAUCAGAAGACCCGUCAGGCAGAGGCGGCGCUCGGGAACGCGACGGCUGACGCCCGGGAAGCCAAGAACAAGGCAGAGGAGGCAGAGCGAAUCGCCAGCAACGUGCAGAAGGGCUCCGCCCAGACUAAGGCGGAUGCGGAGAAGGCGUUCCAGGACGCCAACAAGCUGGACGAUGAAGUGGACGACAUGUUGGAGCAGCUGAGCUCCGCGGAGCAGGAGUUGGCCAGGAAGAAGGCGGAGGCCGACCAGGACAUGAUGAUGGCGGGAAUGGCGUCAAGUAACGCCAAAGAGGCAGAGGACAACGCCCGUAAGGCCAAGGGUGCAGUCAGGAUGGUCCUGAGCACCAUCGCCGCCCUGCUGGAUCAACUGGGAAACAUCGACAAAGUGGACCUGAGCAAACUGAACCAGAUCGACGAGUCGCUCAAACGUGCCAAAGGCAAGAUGGCCGACAGUGAGCUGGACAGGAAGUUAGCGGAGCUGAACGACGUGGCUCGGACUCAGGAGUCCAUGAUCAACGACUACGACCGACAGAUCCGCGAGAUCCGCGCAGACAUCGGCAACCUCAACGACAUCAAGAACACGUUACCCGAGGGCUGCUUUAACACGCCGUCCCUAGAGAGGCCAUAACUCCGCCCCCUUCUCACCUAACCCCUCCCCUUUCCUCCACAGCUAACACUGCGGCCCGAUGCGCCGACUUUACACGUUUUCCUCGUCGUUUCUUUGUCGGUUCAGUUCAGGGCGGAGAACGGAACACGUAUAGUCCCGACAUGACUGCACCACCUGCUCCACCACAGGUUGGCCCCGCCCACCAGGGCACGGCCAGAGCCAAUCACCUCCUGCCGACACUUUUCUUCUUCUUCUCUCGUUGAGUUUGCGUCUUUUUCUGUUUUUCAUCCUGGACGUGUUCGUCCUCGUCUCCUGAAACAUCUAAUAGAAUCAGUUGGCGCCUCAACCCAGAUGCAUCAUGGGUCGUCUGGCGAGGUCUUUUAAUCUCUGAACAUUUGGAGCAGAAUUUUUUUUAUUUGCGCUGAUUUUUUAAAAAAAAUGUAUGCAUGUGACUGACACCCCCACCCCCCCCCCCCGUGGCCUGUCACUUUUGCCACCACCAAUCACAGACAGCGCCUCCUUGUGACUCAAAUACAACACUAUGCAACUUCUUGUGGUGGUGAGAGGUUUUUUUUUUACCGUUUAUAAGAAUUAAACAAAUUUCUCAGUCUGAGUGAAGACCGAUCCUGUUUAGAAGAAAACACACACAAACACUGUCACUCAAUCACCCCCCCACACACACACACACACACACACACCAAACCUCAUAGAGAAAAGCAGUGAUUUCCUCCCACAGACUCAGCAGUCGUUGAUCCACUGCUGCAGUGACACAGACUGACCACAGGAGGCAGCAGAGGACCAGCAGCUGCUGAGUCUCUGUGAGAUGAAGUUUGUUUGUGUUUUCUUUUUUCACGGUCGUUCACGGGUGGAGACGAGCUCUUUGUCCGUUCUUUGUAUCCGGUUUUGUUUUACUCUGAUACACUGGUGCUAAAAGAAAAUUAUUUCAAA